GUUCUAAAAGUAAUCGGUCCACCCUCCUCAAAGAGAACGCUAGAGAGACUCGGUAAUGGCGACAGGUCUGCCUGCGCAUGUGAUAAGGUGUAAUAUGGUGUGGGAGGUAAAGACAGUCCCUAAAAAAGUCCAGGAAACCGAGACAGAUUGCUCCAGCAUGGAUGAGGCCUUUGACCUGCUCAAGUGUAACGAGGACCUGCCAUCUUCACCAGGCUGCCCCUCUACUGAAGGCCCUAUAGAAUAUGAUGACUUGCCAGAGUUACAGGAAGUGCAGGAUGACCAGUCGUCCCCAGCAGUGUUUCAAGUGACCCCGGGUGUGUCACAUGAAGAGAGACCUGAGCAAAGUUGGAGCCUGCAGUCAGAGAGUGCAAGCAUCUCUCACACAAACUGGCUCACAGAGUUAGCCAACAUUGCCACCAGUCCCCAAAGUCCUUUACUGCAGAGUGCACCCCACCCCAGGUCCUCGCCUGUGCACAUCUUUGCCCAUAGUAACAGUUUACAUUCCUACGCUCGUCCUCCGUUGGCCUCCAGCAGUGCACCCAGUCCUGCUCGUAGCCACAUGAGGGAGCGCCGCCGCACAAGGGCUAGCAGUGAGUCUGAGUCUGGGGUAUUCUCUGUGUCUUCACUGUCUGAUGAUGAUGACAUGGGAUGGUCUCAUUCUUGGCCCUCCACCAUCUGGCACUGCUUUCUAAAAGGCACACGCCUCCGUUUUCACAAAGGGCCAAAUGUGGAGUGGCAGGACGUAGAGGACGUGGCUGAGUAUGAGGAUGAGUCUGAUGAUGAUGGAGGCUUGCACCCAAGUCCCAUUAAAAAAUAUGGAUGUGAGGGGUUAAAACUCAUGGGCCUGGAGGAGACCGUGUCAUUUGGUCAGUCGGUACUGAAAUUAACCUUUGACCCUGGUUCUCAAGAGGCUGGGCUUCUAACUACUGAGUGCCAAUUGGAUCAUCCAUUUUAUGUAAAAAAUAAAGGUUGGUCCUCCUUUUAUCCAAGCCUUACUGUGGUGCAGCAUGGUAUUCCCUGCUAUGAAAUGCAGAUUGGAGACUUGUGUCUACCUCCAGGACACCGCGAUGCCAUCAACUGUGAUGACUCGACUGUUUUUGACACCUUCAGGAGUUAUGACUUCACCCCUCUGGACUCAUCUGCUGUGUAUGUGCUGAGCAGUAUGGCACGCCAGCGGAGAGCCUCCCAGUCAAGCGGGGGUACUGUGAGUCCUGACUGUGACAAGCUGGAGCGUUCUGGCUCUUCACAUCACUCCCCUAGUAGCAAAUCACAACGUAGCCACUCGUCAGGGGGAAAUGGAUCCACACCCACAAAAUGCAAACGGCCAAUGAACGCCUUCAUGCUCUUUGCUAAGAAGUACCGAGUAGAGUACACACAGAUGUAUCCUGGGAAAGAUAACAGAGCAAUUAGUGUGAUUCUUGGUGAUAAGUGGAAGAAAAUGAAGAAUGAGGAGAGAAGGAUGUAUACCAUGGAGGCUAAAGCACUGGCUGAGGAGCAAAAACGCCUCAACCCAGAUUGUUGGAAACGCAAGAGAACCAACUCGGGUUCUCAGCAGAAUUAGCCAUGAGACAAGACUGGGAGUGAUUAUCUAUGCCAUCUGUUCACCUGUAGAAAUGAGGAGAAUUAACUGUGAUGAUAAAAACCUAGGAAGCAUCAUUGCAGAUGUUAUAAAUAUAUAUACACACACAUACACACGCACACGCACAUUCGGGGGCCAUUUUUGCUAUGAUGACAGUGUGCACUUGGACUGGCAUGGACUCCACGUGUUUGUGUAAAAAUGAUCUAUGUUGGAUAUUAAUUCAAGUCUAUCAGAGUCAUCUGAAAACAUGAUUGAUUAGAAAAGCCUCUUCAUGAGGAGCAUGUGAUCUUCUGUACAAAGCAGUUAACAUGGCCAUCAUUACAAAUUUGCUUACAUUUAAAUAGUGACCUGGAAAUAGUGAAUAAUCUGGAAAAUCUAAAUAUUCAAGCUAUAGAACAUUUAGGCAUUUAAAAAUUCUAAAACCUUCUGUUUAUUUCCAAAUUUUUAGUGUGCUCUCAGAUUCCCUGCAGUGUGUAUGUGUGUGUGUGUGUGUGUGUGUAUAUAUAAAUAAUAUUAUGAAGCAUAUUAUCUAUUAAACUAACUGCAUAUAUUUUUCUUAUUCUUUCAAAAAUUAUGAAAAUGCCUUAUUCUUCCAAAGUAAGAAAAUGCUCACUUGUAUGUUCAGGUAAUUUUGUAUUUCUAUGCUUGAAAGGUGAGACCCUGUGGUGCUAUUUUAGUGAGAGCAAAGGAGCAGUAUAAAUAGCAGGAAAAAAAAGUAUAUUUUUAAAUGUAAAAAGAAAUUUUAGAUGCUAGUCAGCUUGGUUUUGCAGUUGUUCAUAUGAGUUAUAUUUGUAUAACUCGAGAAUAUUGCACAGACUCAUUGUAUUGCAAAUGGACAAAUGUUGAAUUUCAUGUUCACCAGUGAACUGGGAAUGGUUGUAUUCUGACAUCAAGACACCAGCCUAGACCAUAAACUGUGUAUGGGAGCACGAGUGGCGUGCAUUUGGGUUUUGUACACCCCCCAACCAGCCAUAUUAUAGUGCAUAACAUGCUUCACACACACAUUUACUUGAUCACAAAUGAACACAUACAUACAUGCAUCACACACACAUUCACUCUCACAUACAGCACUUCAGGGCCAUGCCUUCACUGUAAGUGUUUUGUUUUUGCACUUUACAUACAUAAACUUGUACAACCAUUAAAUGUAUACAAACUGAUAUAUUGUGUAUAAAAUUCUAUAUAUACUUUACUCACAGUCAUGGCCAAACUGUAUAGUUUAUUUUCUGCUUUGCAGGGCUGCCAUCACAUUAAAGAAAAUGAUUUGUUCAUAAUGUACAGGUCCAUUUUACCAUUCUUGCACAAAAUAUUCUUGUAUCAUAUUAUAAAUAAAAUAAAAAAAAUAUUGUAAACUCA